AUGGACUCUAGAAGGAGAAACACUCACCAAUUCCGUUUCAAAUGUCCUAAACUGAAAGAGUUAAGGAAGCUAGGAUCUUUGAGGGCUUGUCCUUCUGAUUUCAAAGACCGGUAUGGAAGAAUUCUGACUAUGUUGAGUACUAAUGUAGAAGACGGAGUUCUUAACACCGUGGUCCAAUUUUAUGAUUCAGCGCAUAGGUGUUUCACUUUCCCUGAUUAUCAUCUUGCACCUACUUUGAAGGAGUAUUUCUAUUACAUAGGCUUGCCUGUAUCAGAUCAGAUAUCGUUCAGUGGUCUACCUAUUAAGUUCUUGAUGAAGAAGGCUGUUACUCUUGCUAGUGUUAGGAGUAUGGUUGCUUUCGAAGUUGUUCUCACUUUGCUUAUCUAUGGCAUAGUCUUGUUCCCUAAUGUUGACAACUUUGUGGGCAUCGAUAUUAUCCAUAUUUUUCUCAUUCGAAAUCCAGUUCCUACUUUGCUCGUAGAUACAUAUUAUUCUAUCCAUGACAGAACAGAGAAGAGUGGAGGAAUUGUUAUGUGUUGUGCACCUUUACUGUACAAGUGGUCUAUUUCGCAUUUGCCGCAGUCCAGCUUAUUCAAGGAUAAAAAGAAAUGUUUAAGGUGGUCUCAGAGGAUCAUGUCUCUCACCAAUGCAGAUGUGACGUGGUAUUCUAGAGUUUAUGAUGACGUGAAGAUUAUUGACAGUUGUGGGUUCUUCAUUCAAGAAGGUGUUUAUAGCAAGGGAUUGAAGGAUAAGAUAGUCAACGCCUUGCAUAAGAUUCACCGAAAAGGAAAGGAUGAAUUAGGAAACAAAGAUUGUGUUUCCUUGGAGUCGUACACUCAGUGGAUGCAAGCAAGAGCUACUAAGAUCAUGAUGCCUUAUCCUCCUGAAGAACCUUUGUUCCCUAAAGUCAUAGGACAUACUCUUGUUCCAGGUUAA